AUGGCCCUGAAUCUGACGGAGCUCCCACUCGAACUCCUGCUGGAUAUCUGUCAGCUUCUCGGGGAUACCCACGAGGCCAGCCUGCAAUGUUUUGCCUUGGCUAACAAGGCCUGCUACUCAAUCGCCAGUCUUGUCUUGGUCCGCACACUUACCUUCAACAUCACCACUCUGUCUAAUCUUCGAGUCGAUAUCCAAAAAUGCACCUCGCUUCUUCAGCGACACCACACCUUUCAACACGUUCGUCGUCUUGUGUUAGUGGGCUCCCAUGAAACCUUCAAAUUACAUGUCGACAACGACGAUAGCCAGGGGGACGUAGAGCUCUCCAGGCUCGGUAGUUGGCGCUUUGGCCCUGCACUUUCUGUCGACUGGGGUAUUCACCACCGCAGGCUCCAUGGAAUACCUGACCACACUGACUUUGCUUGUGGUGCCUUUGCGCACAAGAGAACGGCCUGUGCCGUGUACAACGAGGACGCCAAAUGGGCGCCACUGGCUGACUUGAUCCUGGUACUGCCAGCACUGAUCGACGUCAUCUAUAAGUGCCCGGUUCAGUUUCCACCCUGCUUACUCCAAACCCUCCAUAGCAAGAGACAUAGCCAUAUCUUCCGGUUACAUUUACACACCUUCAGGCUGCAAAUGCUGCAUCAACACGACUUGUCCACGGCUGACGGGAUCACUCGCGACUAUCACGAGCUGGCGCUUAUCACAUCACCUUGCCUUCAUGCGAUCUGGCUGGAAGACUACGACGGCAGGCUUUCGCCGGAGCAGGAGAGCAACACCGCCUUGAUAGGACGUCAGCUAGAUGCACUUGACCAAAUUCUCACGACAGAGGGCCUCGCACCUAAUUUACGCGAGAUCCGCUCGGAUUAUAUCCAUGUUGACCAUAUACCCUCAACAUACCUUCAACCCUGCCCCUAUCGCUCCGGCUGGCUUCCAGAAGAUAUAGGACCAAGGGGCGCCAGGAAGCAGCAAGUCGCCAUCCAACACUUGGAGCUGAGCUGCCGUAUCGACCCUCACAGAAUCAUGGGCUUUCAUAUCCAGCGCUGGGCUCAGCUUGUAGAUCUGAGCGGUCUUCAAACGCUUGAGCUUACGGCACCUGUGGCCCCCUGUGCUCUCGACAAAUUAUUAUCUUUGCACCUCCCAGCCCUGAAGACCCUAAGCUUUCGUUGUUGGUUGUUGGUUAAAAAGAAAACAGUAAGAAAAAUCCAGCCCCAAGAGCAAAACCGGUGUGGUAACCUACCACCCCGCUCUGGUUGUCCCCGGACUUCAUCUGUUAGGUACAAUCACCUACGCCUUUUGCCAUCCAUGGCUAGCAUACACAGACUCUCGACCGAAGUCGUACUUCAAAUUUGCGAGCUUCUACAUGAGGAUCACAGACCCAGCUUGGUCUCCUUUGCACUGGCCAACAAGCAAUACCACACAAUCGCGUCAGUGUCGCUAUUUCAAAAGAUCACGUUCAACAUUACAACACCAAACCGUCUGGAGAAACACGUAGCGAAAUGCACGGGAGUUCUUGAACGGAAUCACGCUUUCCAGCACGUCCGCUCCGUUGUUAUUGUUGGCUCCUACGAUGAGGAGUUUUACAUGAGGGAUGGGUAUUAUCGAUCAGACCUGACUGAAAGGGACAAGGACAACGACAUGUUCCAUUUCCACCAUUGGAACGCCGGGCGUGCGCCUUCCUUGCAGUGGGACAUCAACAACGCAAGAUUGCAUGGAAUUCCCGAUUACUCCGAGUUUCACGAGCGUGCCAGUGCGAAUGGAUUCGACUCCACAGACGUGAGGGAAGCCUAUGAUAUGGACGAGGAAUGGGAACCCAUGGCCCAGUUAUUCGACCGACUACCCGGCCUGCGGGAGGUCGUCUACAAGUGCCCGGUUCAAUUUCCACCCUGUCUCCUCCAGGCUCUCCAUGAUAAGAUGCCGCAGAUCACACCUCGACUUCACCUUCGCGCCUUUAAACUGCGCAUGAUGAACGACACCAUUACCGCCUGGACGGACCCUGAUCCCCAUGAGAUGGCCCUGCUUAAAUCGCCUUGCCUUGACAGUCUUUGGUUUGUGGAUACUGUUGCCAGUUGGUAUCGGUGGAUUUCAAGUAGAAGCGGGGAUUCACGGGAUCGCGAGGAACAAAAGAACUUGCAUGCCUUUGGUGAAAUGGUGGAUAGGUGGCCAAUUGCACCCAACCUACACGAGGUUGGGGUGAUGCGCAACUAUACUCACGUCCAAGGCACCCGUUCUGACAAUAUUCUUCUCGCCAUUAUGAGAAAUGCAGCCAAGAAAAACACCCUUCGUCUGAAAACCUUGAACUUGGAUUGCGCAUAUGUGAGUCAGAUUCUUGCAAUGGAUCCGAGUCUUGAUCUCAGUAUGCUGCGAGCUCUUCAUCUGUUAAAGAUGAGUCACAAUUCGGUCAUUGAUGCGCUUUCGGCUCAGAGCCUUCCCCUACUGCGCGACCUGUCCAUACAGUUCAUAUUCACGGCUUCGUGGAAGGAAUACGACAGGGUCAAACAAUUUGUAAGAGGGUUCCGAAAUCUCGAGAGCCUGCGCGUGCGGGGAUGGGAUUGGUCUGUGGCUUCCUUUUCGGACUGGUGUGGGGAAAUAACCCCUUAUCAGACAGUCCGAAGUCUUGACCUUGGAUGUGGAGAGGAGUAUGGCGGGAUGUCAAGCUCGGUUCAGACUGAACUGGAGAUCAUGUUUCUUGGAUAUGUGUACUCCGGGGUUGAAACGCUAUCUCUGCCCAUCCGACGGUCGAAGGGCGACCAGCAUGAGGUCCGUUUAUACCAGACCCUUGGCAGGAGCUUCCCAAAGCUCAAGCGACUGGCGCUGACCCUCGAAGCACUCUUGCCCAGUGCGGAGAGGCUACCAUCUGAAAUUCUUAAUCCGGCUGCACCCGCUCGAACUCACCUUUCAGGAGCACCAGGUGUCUACCGGGAUCCACUAGGUAGCUGGGAUCCGAUAGUACAAUCACGCGAGAGUUACAGCCAUCUACCAUUCCCCAAACAGCCCUUCAUUAUUUAUGGCUGCUCACCGUUUCUGAACGGCGAGAUCCUGGACCUUUUUAUCAACUCGGCCGUCGACGCUAAGCUGGCCCGUCAAAUCUUUGAUGCGAUAUCUUCCAGCUGCCACACCUCUUCCCGGCUGGACACCAUGAUGGUCCGUAGUAAGGCCUUGAUCCGAUUCCGAUCCGCAUAUAACCCCGAGCCAGAGUCCAAUGGCUAUGUCGCUGGAACUGGGACCGGGUAUGGCCGGUGCGACCCAGAUGGUUAUAUUAGACCGUUAUUGACCGGACUAACGAGAGAGUGGUUACUUGAUACUCUACUUUGUGAUGAUAGUGGGGAGAAGGUUAGGGUCAAAGAGAUUGGGGCGCGGGCUGAGGGUUUAAAAAGGGAACCGGUGGAUCCACAGAGCGUUCCUAUUACAGAUCAAUUGGCUCUUUACAUGGCAGAGCUCGAGGAGCUGAGUCGUAGAAAGUCCUGUAAAAGGGGAAAACAUUUAAACGAGCGGAAAGGGUGGUGGGAGGACGUUAGGGUUUCUGAGGAAAAUUCAUUGAUGGUUCAUUUCAGGGAGUUGUGGCCUGGUAGGAAGGAGGGUGGGAGAGGGUGGUGGGAGGACUGGGAGAGUUGGGAUUUGGAGACUGUCAGUGAGCAAGGGCAUACAUAA